AUGCCUCUCGACACCCAUUCCACAUACCAUCAGACCCUUCUUCGUCAAGAUGGCCGACGAUGGAACGAACUCCGCAGAAUCACUGCCUCAAUAUCAACUCAGCCUUCGAGCGACGGGAGCAGCUUGUUGACGAUGGGAAAUACAAUGGUUGUUUGUACUGUGACGGGUCCCAGGGAAGGACGAGGUCAGCGAGACAAUAAUAACGCUACAGUUGACACUGAGCUGAACAUUGCUCCUUUUGCGCAAAUGGACCGUCGACGCUUCAGCCGCAACGACAAACGAGUUCAAGAAUUACAGACCACCAUCUCGAAUGCCUUUCAAAGCCACUUGUUCACACAUUUAUACCCCCGAUCAACAAUCUCAAUAUCUCUUCACAUACUUAGCCUCGACGGCGCCUUGCUGGUGGCAUGUCUGAACGCAGCAAGCCUUGCCCUGGUAGAUGCAGGCGUACCUAUGCCGUCAAUCUUAGCCGCAAUUUCAAGCGGGAACAUCACGCCCGCCGACGACUCGUCCGCGAAGCCGGAACCGAUACUCGACCUCAACAUUGCAGAGGAGCAGGAGCUACCAUUUUUGUCCAUUGCUACUGUAUCCGGCCAACCUGGGAUGGAGGACAGAGUGUCUGUGCUAGUGAUGGAAUCCCGCUGUCAGAUUGGUGGAGCGAACAGUAAGAUGGAAAGCAUGCUAGCUACUGGUGUAGACGGAUGCCAACAAGUGAGGCGGAAGAUGGAGGAUGUGAUUAGGAAGCACGGCACAAAAGUUAUGCAGAGUAGGAAAUAA